AUGUCUGAAUCACAUAUACCAAACCCACGAAGCACACCUGAAGAGCCUCAAAUUUAUCAGACCUACGAGGCCGCAACAGCUGACUUACAAAGGAAGUUGAUACGCAAGAAGAAACACCAGCGCGCUCAAUAUCAGCUUAUCAGUGCCAUUUUCAACUUGCUUGCAAUCGCACAAAUAAUAAUCGGUGCGGCUAUUACCGCAUUGGGACCGUCCGGUGGUGAGCAUAUGUUGGCAAUCACAAUCUUAGGGGCAUUCAACACCUCUAUCGCCGGAUUGCUUGCACUGCUUAAAGGGAGAGGGCUUCCGCAGCGACUGAGGAGGAAUAUGGGCGAAUUAUCGAAGGUCUUGGACUUCAUUCAGGAAAGGGCAACCCUGCUGAGAUAUAGCAGUAGCGCAGUCUCAAAUAGCGAAAAUUCCCUGCUUUUGCAGGAUGCUUUCCAACGAUACACUAUCGCGCAGCAGAUUAUUGAGAGGAAUGAGCCGGAUACGUAUGCCGACGGAAAUAUGUCAGAGGGGAAUAGUUUCCCAGGCCGAACGGCUUCGAAAACGAGGGGUGGGAGGGGUCGUCAAAUGGAUGAAGAAGUGGGAACUAGUGGGGAGGCUGGGUCGUAA